AUGUCUCAUCGAUGGAAAGGGUAUACUCUUGCACUGGAGGCAGACCUUGCAGGUCCUGUGAAUGAUGCCAAGCCACUUCGAAUUGCACUUCUAGGUGGACCACGGUCCGGGAAACUGUCUAUUGCUGGACGCUUGAGUUUAGGACUGAUUCUGGAAACAUAUUACCCUACUGGGAGUACUAAUCCUAUUCUUUUCUCAUAUACACCGGAGCCAGGUGCAUCUGGAUCUAUUCUAGAUCCUUCUGAUAAUGUAUUUGAAGUCCAACCGAGUAACAAAGUGGUAUUGAGUCCAGUGAUAGAGCCUAUUAUUAGGAAACGAUUGAAAAGAAACUUACCAGGAAUUGGUCAAUAUAACAUUCAACCAACCAUAUCAUCACUGCUGAAUUUGAUAAUACGGAAUAAGACUUCUGUAUACAGCUGCAUAGUUCCAAGUGAAGCAAUUCACGCCACUCAAGAAAAUAUGAGAGUUCCAUCAGCUUCCAUCACGCCAAUACUUGUUGAAUUAAUUGAUACACCUCCGUUCAAUCCAGACCAAGUGGUUCCAUUUCUCGAAGAGUCCCUCUAUGUACAAUUGGACCCACAUAUAUUACGGAACUUAGCGAAUGAGCCACGUAGACCUGUUCUGACAAACCCAUUAUUGGUUGCUAGUGGAGCUGGAGAAAUGAAUGGACAUAUCGAUGGAUACUUUUUCGUGUAUUCAGCAAUUCCAUCUUAUGAACCACCCUCAUAUGACGAAUCUAAGUCAACAAAUACAGAUAAUAAUAUAAACUCUGGGAAGUCAUAUGAGAAUUGCAUUCAACAACAACCAGGUGAUACAACUUUCAACUUACUUCUUACAAUUAAAGGUGCAUUAGAUGAAGCAUGGAAAGAGUAUAAUACAUUCAGGAAGCUGUGGGAGCAUGGUAAAGAAGGAGAUGUAUUUUCAUUUAAGGGAGCUUUUAAGAAUAUGUGGAAGGAUAACCGUAAAAUUGAAUCAGAAAUUAAAAAAUUUGAACAACGUCAAAGACUGAAUCAAUUACAUUUAGUAGAUAACCCAAUAGAUCCCGCGGAUCCAUAUUGUCCUCCACCUAUUUGGUUAAUUUGCACGCAUGCAGAUAGCGAGCUAGCUCUGCCACAAUUGAUUGAAGAUGGAAUGAAAUUGGCAAAAUCUUGGAGAAGUGGAUUCGUUGCAGUUGAUUCAGUUAGUGGGAACAAUGUUGAUGAAUCAUUAGCAUGCAUUAUUCGAGAGAUUGUUGAAAGAAGAAAGAUGCAAAAGAGGAAGUAA